UUGGCAGGUCAAGCAGUACACCGGAAACAAUCGUCCGUUUUGGUGACGCUGCAUUAGACUACGAGACAUGCAACUGAUCAGGCUUCUCGGGUUGGUCCUCAGUCUGGCUCUCGCUGGAGCUCAGACGCUAACCCCAGGUCAUUAUCUUUCCCUCCCCGAUAUUGCUCGACUUCAAAAUCUCCUGAGCGAGUCCUUCACAGACCUGGAGUCGGCCUACUACUCUGUAGUCGGCCUCACCAGUCUUGGAGCCAGUGUUCCUGAUCACAAGGAGGUAUGCCAGUUCCUAAAGUCCCAGCUUGAUCCCUCCAGUGUCGACUCGAUCUUUUUUGCAGCGGAGACCAGCCGAGCCUUAUCUGGAUGUGAGAUCCCUGUGAGCAAUGAAACCAGAGACAUCCUUCUGGCUACUGUCAGCGAAGACUCCACCAUGUCUCAGAUUCACCGGGCCGUGAGCGCGAUUAGCUCCUUGGGGCUCCCUCUGACCUCUCAGGAGGUCGUCAGCGCGCUCACAGCUCGCAUCAACAAAGAGGACAAUGUUGUGGCCAUUACAUUAGCUCUGCAAACAGCCACCCGCCUUUCUCCACAUGCAGAACUUGAAGGAAUACUUGAGGAAAUUGAGGAUCUGACCGCACGUUUAGAUGAUCUUGGUGGUAUCUUCCUUCAUUUCGAAGAGGGUCUCGAGGCCACCGCCACGUUUGUAACUGCAGCGUAUGCCCUGUCAGAUCAUGUGAAUGUAGAGCCACCCUUCAAACAGGACCAAGUCAUUCAGCUGGUGAACUCCAUUUUUAGCAAGAAGUCCUGGGACUCUCUGGCCGAGGCCUUCAGCGUGGCAAACGCUGCCGCUACCCUCUCUAACAACCGUUUUCAUGUUCCGGUGGUGGUCAACUCUCACGGCCCGCCCACCGUAUCGCACAGCCAGCCCACCCUGCAGAUCCUUGUUACUGACGUCAUGUCUCAGCCUCUGGCCUCAGCCAACGUGCAAGUGGAAUCUGCGUACGCUAUGGCCUCCAAGAGUGUCAUUCUUGGCCAAGCACCAUUCACUCUCAAUGACGGUGUCUUUGAACUGAACUUCAUGUCCCAGCAACCGGCCAGUGGAUAUUACCAGUUCACGGUUUCUGUGACUGGUGAUAGCCGCUUGAUUGCCAAUCACGUCGAGCUUAAGGUGAAGGUGUCUACUGAGGUGGCUGUUACCAAUAUGGACCUCUCUGUGGUGGAUAAAGACCAGAGCAUUGGCACAAAGACCACCAGGGUGCAGUAUCCUUCCAAAGCCAAGAGCUCGUUCACCGCAGACAGUCACCAGAACUUUGCCAUGGCCUUCCAGCUGGUUGACGUCAAUACUGGAAUGGAACUGACGCCCCAUCAGACUUUUGUGCGACUGCACAACCAGAAAACGGGCCAAGAGGUUGUUUUUGUUGCCGAGCCUGACGCCAAGGGUCUGUACAAGUUUGAGUUGGACGCAGCGGAGCGGAAAACCGAAUUCGCCCUCAUCUCUGGUACUUAUGCCCUUUACCUCAUGGUUGGGGAUGCUACUCUGGAGAACCCUAUCAUGUGGAAUGUGGCUGAUGUUGUCCUGAAGUUUGUGGACGAGGACGCCCCGGCUACCAUUCAACCUAAGACUCUUUACGUACCCAAGCCAGAAAUCCAACAUUUAUUCAGGGAACCAGAGAAGAAGCCGCCAACAGUCGUUUCCAACGCCUUCACUGCACUCGUCCUGUCGCCACUCCUGCUUCUGCUCAUCCUGUGGAUUAAGCUCGGGGCAAACAUUUCCAACUUCAGCUUUUCUCCCAGCACCCUUCUCUUCCAUGUUGGGCAUGCAGCUCUGCUGGGCCUGAUGUACGUCUACUGGACCCACUUGAACAUGUUCCAGACUCUUAAGUACCUGGCGAUUAUAGGUGCUGUUACAUUCUUGGCCGGGAACCGCAUGCUGGCGCAGAAAGCUGUGAAGAGGAUUGCCGCCGAGCAAAGUAGUCGGUUGGCAAAGUAUAGGAGCCUCCGAUAAAGCGCCGCUUUUGUAACAAAAGAGCUGGUUGUGCUCCCAGUCCAAAACUUGAGAAAAAAUAAACUUAGGACAUUAAAGGCAGGCACUGAAGGAGCACACGUUUUCCCCCCUUGGAGUCGAUCAACAAUGCAUCCCAUCAGUCACACUUUGGAACAGUCUUAACGGUUGAAGAAUGAGUUGCUGAAUGGAAGGAAAUUGAGAAACGCUUCAAAGGUCUUUGAGAUCCGACUGUUUUGUAAUGCUAUUGAUCAUUGCACUUCAUCUUCCUGUGAGAUUAUUUUUACGUGUUGUACAACAUGCUGGUGUUGUCAGUGUGCUCUGAUUUUUUUUUUUUUUUUUAAAUGAUUGUUUUUGUGGUUUCUUGGUGGAAUUAAGUUUUUUUUUUUUUUUUUUUUGUACAUUACCAUUUGAGACAUUACCGUUACCAUUGCAAAGUUUAUACUCGGUGUGUCUCAGCUGCUCAUCGACAUGUCAGCCGAUCUUCAAAUUCUACCAACUGUUUGUGUGUCAAGGUUGACCUUAUUUCGUAUUUGAUACAAAUUUGCAUCCCCAAGUUAAAUUGUUCACAACACAUGCGAUAUUUGAGAACACAUUUUUUCUUAUUCAGUAAUAAAGAAAUGGAGGCGAAUUAA